AGAGUGAAACAUUGUGCUUAUUUCGGACCAUUUUUUCUACGUUUGCCGCGGUGUCGUGCAGUGGAAAUCUCCUCAUUUAAAUUUGUGGUUGAAACCACAGCGUAGAAGACAUAUCUCCCGCAAACAUGUCAGUCAGAGGGAGUCCUCGCACUUUCAUUCUCGGUGUGUGUUUGUGUGUGUUUUCAGAGGAAGGGAGGAGGGCCCCAGACAGACAGCGUGGCUGCAUUGUCGCAGUAACAACUCGUCCAGUCGUCCAGCUUCUCAGCUGCUCGCAACAUCCUCCGGUUGAAUCACGCUGACCGGACAUGCUCGUCUGUUUUUAUCCACUGUAACUGUAAACCCCCGCGGCACAGCGGGGUUUGCUGUCGGCGUGGAGGAGCGGCUCCUCCGGCGGGGAGCUGACGCAGGGAGCUGACGGACACAUAACAGCUUGCUUCGCCCGGCGCCGGGAGCCACCAACCGGCCGCUGGGGACAGGAGGGCUCGGCUAGCCGGGAGCUAGCUGGCACUAGCCAGGAAUACCCUUUUCAGUCCAGCGUCCUCAAACAGCCUUGUCACCAGGUCGUAUGAUGAGAGCGUGAAGAUGGAUUGAAACAUGAAGACAGAAACUGUCCCUUCAUCCAAAUAGGAGGGUGUCUCUAAAAGGUGGUGCUCUGCAGCUCAAUUGUGUAACUGAGCUGAGAGACUGAGACAAAGAUGCCUCCCAGGCCGUCCUCAGGGGAGCUGUGGGGCAUCCACUUGAUGCCUCCCAGGAUCCUGGUGGACUGCCUGCUGCCCAACGGCAUGAUUCUAACCCUGGAGUGUCUUCGUGAGGCCACACUGAUUACCAUCAAACAUGAGCUGUUCAAGGAGGCAAGAAAAUAUCCUCUUCAUCACCUCUUACAGGAGGAGACGUCCUAUAUUUUCGUCAGUGUUACACAGGAAGCAGAACGGGAGGAGUUUUAUGAUGAGACCCGCAGGCUAUGUGACCUCCGACUCUUUCAACCGUUUCUAAAAGUUAUUGAACCCGUUGGUAACAGGGAGGAAAAGAUCCUCAACAGAGAGAUUGGCUUUGCCAUUGGUAUGCCUGUAUGUGAGUUUGAUCUUGUAAAAGAUCCUGAAGUUCAGGAUUUCAGGAGAAACAUCCUAAAUGUUUGUAAAGACUCUGUGGAGCUGAGAGAUGCCAGCGGGCCCCACAGCAGGGCGCUGUAUGUUUACCCACCCAAUGUAGAAUCGACACAGGAACUUCCCAAACACAUCUAUAGCAAACUUGACAAAGGUCAAAUAAUUGUUGUAAUAUGGGUGAUUGUUUCCCCAAACAAUGACAAGCAAAAAUAUACACUGAAGAUCAACCAUGACUGUGUGCCUGAACAGGUGAUUGCAGAGGCCAUUCGUAAGAAGACACGCAGCAUGCUUCUGUCCCCAGAGCAGCUAAAGAUGUGUGUUCAGGAGUAUCAGGGCAAAUACAUCCUCAAAGUUUGUGGCUGUGAUGAAUACCUGCUGGAAAAGUAUCCCAUCAGCCAGUAUAAGUAUAUCCGUAGUUGCAUCAUGCUGGGUAGGAUGCCUAACCUGAUGCUUAUGGCCAAAGACAGCCUGUACACCCAGUUGCCUACAGAUAAUUUUGUCAUGCCGUCAUACUCUCGACGUAUCUCCACGGCAACAUCAUAUAUGAAUGGCGAGGCAUCUUCUAAGUCACUCUGGACCAUCAAUGGAACUCUACGAAUACGAAUCCUCUGUGCCACCUAUGUAAAUGUGAAUAUACGGGACAUAGACAAGAUAUAUGUGAGAACAGGCAUAUACCAUGGAGGUGAACAAAUGUGUGACAACGUCAACACUCAGAGAGUUCCCUGCUCUAAUCCCAGGUGGAAUGAGUGGCUCACCUAUGACAUGUACAUCCCCGACAUUCCCCGGGCUGCCAGACUCUGCCUCUCCAUCUGCUCUGUCAAGGGCAGAAAGGGAGCCAAGGAGGAGCACUGUCCACUAGCUUGGGGUAAUAUUAACCUGUUUGAUUACACUCACACUCUUGUGGCCAACAAGAUGGCUCUGAACCUUUGGCCUGUCCCUCAUGGCCUUGAAGAUCUCCUCAAUCCCAUAGGAGUCACUGGAUCUAACCCUAAUAAGGAAACACCAUGUCUGGAGCUGGAGUUUGACCACUUUAGCAGUCCUGUCAAAUACCCAGACAUGAAUGCUGUGGAAGAUCAUGCAAACUGGACGAUCUCCAGAGAACUUGGUUUUAACUACAACCUCUCAGGACAGAGCAAUCGUGUGGCCAGAGAUCAUGCCCUUACGGAAAGCGACACUGAGCAGCUGAGACAGCUGAGUAACAGGGACCCUCUGUCAGAAAUCACUGAGCAAGAGAAAGAUUUUCUGUGGAGACACAGACACUACUGCAUGAACAUACCUGAAAUUCUUCCCAAAAUCCUUCUUGCUGUCAAGUGGAACUCCAGAGAUGAAGUAGCUCAGAUGUACUGCCUGUUGAAAGAAUGGCCAUCGACCCGUCCCGAGCAGGCCAUGGAGCUGUUGGACUGUAACUAUCCGGACCCCAUGGUCCGGCACUUUGCUGUGCGUUGCCUUGACAAAUAUUUGACUGAUGAUAAACUUUCCCAGUACCUGAUCCAGCUUGUUCAGGUAUUAAAAUAUGAGCAGUAUCUUGACAAUCCACUGGCUCGCUUUCUCCUCAAAAAAGCUCUGACCAAUCAAAAGAUAGGACAUUUCUUCUUUUGGCAUCUCAAAUCGGAAAUGCACAACAAAACUGUGAGUCAGAGGUUUGGGCUGCUGUUGGAAGCUUACUGCAGAGCUUGUGGCAUGUACCUGAAACACCUGAGUAGGCAGGUCGAGGCCAUGGAGAAGCUCAUCAACCUCACUGACAUCCUCAAGCAGGAAAAGAAGGAUGAGACACAAAAGGUCCAAAUGCGGUUCCUUGUGGAUCAGAUGAAAAGACCAGACUACAUGGAUGCUCUGCAGAACUUCACCUCUCCUCUCAACCCUGCUCAUCAGCUGGGAAACCUGAGGUUAGACGAAUGCAGAAUCAUGUCAUCAGCAAAGAGGCCCCUGUGGCUGAACUGGGAGAAUCCUGACAUCAUGUCAGAGCUGCUUUUUCAGAACAAUGAGAUCAUCUUCAAAAAUGGAGACGAUCUACGCCAGGACAUGCUGACGUUACAGAUUAUUAAAAUUAUGGAGAAUAUUUGGCAGAAUCAGGGACUGGAUCUGCGGAUGUUGCCCUAUGGCUGUCUGUCAUUAGGGGACUGUGUAGGUCUCAUUGAGGUGGUUCGCAGCUCUCACACAAUCAUGCAGAUCCAGUGUAAAGGAGGCCUGAAAGGAGCCCUCCAGUUUAACUCCAACACCCUGCAUCAGUGGCUCAAGGAUAAAAACAAAGGGGAGAUGUAUGACAUGGCUGUGGAUUUAUUCACAAGGUCCUGCGCUGGCUACUGUGUAGCUACGUUUAUCCUGGGGAUAGGAGACAGACACAACAGCAACAUUAUGGUCAAAGAUGAUGGGCAGUUGUUUCAUAUAGAUUUUGGUCAUUUUCUGGAUCAUAAAAAGAAAAAAUUUGGCUACAAAAGGGAGCGUGUUCCCUUUGUUCUGACCCAGGACUUCCUCAUUGUCAUCAGCAAAGGAUCCCAGGAAUGCACAAAGACCAAAGAGUUUGAAAGGUUCCAGGAGAUGUGCUACAAAGCUUACUUAGCCAUCCGACAACAUGCCAACCUCUUCAUCAACCUGUUCUCCAUGAUGCUGGGCUCCGGCAUGCCUGAGCUGCAGUCAUUUGAUGAUAUCGCUUACAUCAGGAAGACACUGGCCCUGGAGAAAAGUGAGCAAGAGGCGUUGGACUAUUUUAUGAAACAGAUGAACGACGCUCACCAUGGAGGGUGGACCACCAAGAUGGACUGGAUAUUCCACACGAUUAGACAGCAUGCACUAAACUGAUACCUCGCACAUAGACUGACUCUACCGUUCCCACCAUGGAGUAUUUGUUUCUUUCGGGAACAGAAUAUUUGUUCAAAAAAUUAGAUGUGCCCUUUAGAGCAUAAACACUAAUGGCUCAAAUAUGACGGGAGAUUCCACCUUUUUCCUCUUCCUUUGAAGCACCUUUUCGUUCACAGGGUUCCUGGUUUUCUGUCUUUUCCUGGGAUUCUUCUUUCUUCCUUCCUGUGUGGUCUUGACAAUGCAUUUGCACUGAUUGCAUCAGGGUUCUGGAGAGCAUUUUCCACAAGGCCCCGUUAGGAUUGGUCUAACCUGGAUGAUGCUUCUAUCUAUGGCACAGUGCAUUGACUUUUUUUUUGUGCUUUUUUUUGUUGUAUUUCCUAAAACACAGGAACAAUUUUACCACCAACAAAAAUUCUUCCCCGAUUCUUUGACGCUCCUAAAAGAAAACCAUACAUUUGACAACACGGCUAAAAGAAGCUGCAUCUGCCAAGAUAUUAAUGUAGCCCCGCAGGAAGUAGGACUCGCAACUCUUUGGCCAUGUUGGGGCAGCACUUUGACUCAGUUUCAUCACUGCUGAGACGACGGCGGAGACGAGGAACUGACUUAAUCAUUUCACGUAAUACACGUGUUGUAUUUGUUGUACAGCGGAGCAUUUCUGAUGAACGGGAGCUUCUAUGAUGUCUUCCACCAUCAUUGUUAAGCUGCCCUUCACACAUGACUGGCAGAGAAGUGUUUGGGCUGCUGUGCACAGCCAGACAGGCUGCACGGCCUCAGUGGAACAGCACUCCAACUUCGGGAACAAUAGCAGUGCAGUGUUAGACUCUUGCAUAUAUUUCAGGGUGAUGAUGCCUCUCCAUCGAAAACAGCACUUAAGAGUAUUAGAAUAAUAUACAGAUUUGUUAUGACGUUUUUAAUUUAUUAAUGUAUUUAGUUUAUUUCAGUUUGAACAAAGAAAAAACGCUGACUUCACAAAUGAUUGUUUGUGUGAACACGUUUGGAGUUUUGUGUAUUUGUGUUAUUUACAGCUUGACUACCACAGCUUACUCCCCUUUCUGCAUUAGAGCAAAGCUCACACUCCUAAAUCAAGACUGCUGAUGCUUUUUUUUUUUUAGCUUUGUCACUUUUAAGUUAAGCGUCUAAUUUGGCCUUAUCAGUAGCCUAGUUUAGCUCUUUAUGGUUUCCCGGCAGCCCUACGCAGAACCAUUUGUUUUGGGAUGCAAUACAGGAAGAGUGAGAGUGCCAGUCUCACAUUUAAUGAAAAAUGGGACCCACAAUAAGCCUCUGGUCGUCUCUUUUUGUCGGCUGGCAGAGGCCCAAGGGAAAGUCAUGUCUUCCUCUUAAUGAAAUGCCUUGGCAUCACAGCACAACCCGGAAAACUAAGCCCCGCAAAUUCUGGUCUAAGCAAAUUGUUGGAAGCAAACCAUAAUGGCACUAUUAAGCCAAAUAGCAUGGCAGUGUUCAGGAAAAUGUAGAGUUAACCAUCAUUGUUUGUCAGCAGUGCUUCUGACGCUGUUGGCGUUCAUGAUUACUUCCUCUUCUUGUGUAGUGUCUGACUCAUGAUCAAAGUGCAUUUUCAUUUGUUUAGCAGAUAUAUUGUGGUUUCUUUUUUAAGAAAUGAAAAAAGAUGCGUGCCACUUAGUCGGAUUUUAGGAGGACAAAAGUCUUCCUCUUUGCACUCAAAAAAAGCAUUUAGGAAACUGAGUGGAGUUAUUCGAUCAAAUUCGAUGGGGCAACCCUCAAGUGAGCUCUGUGUGGGAUCAUGCUUCAUUUAACCUCCAUCAUCAGUGUUGUUGUGUUAGGGGAAAAAAGUGAAACAAGCCAUGUAGGACACCACUGCAUUAGUUGGAUUGGUAAACAUUUUCCAUUUGUCUGGGGCAGCACAAUCAUCAGUAAUUACCAUACAACCCGAGUCUAAAUUAUCAGUGUUGUACAGGAAGGAGAAAAGGGAAUUUUGAUAUAAAAUGAGUAUUUUUAUAUGUAUUUGGCAUAAACUAAGUGCUAACUAACAGUUAACACAAGGGUACAGCUUGAAAAUGUCUGCCAGCUGUUUGUGGUAUAAAAUAGUAGAGACUUCUCAUAUGGCACACUCUGUGUUGGAGAUAAAGUAAUAUUUUACAUGAAAAUGGUGCUUCAGAGUGGCUUCAUGGACACCUUAUGUGGACAGCCAUGUGGAUAUACAUCAUGUAAGUAGGUCUGCCACUGGAAAAGAAAGCGAUUGUGUUAAAGCCAAAGUUUUGGCCUGUUCUCACAAAGCCCACGUGUAAAAUCUUAUUUGUGCAUCAUCAUUGGCCGGAAUGUAUUUGAUUGCUAGUGCGGACCUCAGAUGGACUCAUCUGUUUGUGAUUUUUCUCAAAUUUGACGCAGUGUGGCUAAACUCAACAUAUGUUACGAGCUCUUUGCUUUUUCUCUUCUUUUCCUCAUUGUGUCAGAACAGGCAUCACUGAGUCCUAAAGGUUCAAGCUGGAACUGGGUCCUGCUGUAAAGUGUUUGUUUCCAGACUUUAGAAAGAAAAAAGGGGAAAAUGACGAGCUUUCCUUAAAAAAAAAAAAUUAAAAAGAGAUCUUUGCCUUUUAUGUCCAGAAGAAGAGAGCAGGUUAGGCUAAUGUGCAUGUUUGUGGAAAGCAUAACCACAUGUACAUUUUGAAGCAGCAUUAAGCAGUAUGUACGUACAGUUACGGUCUAAUCUCUUUUCUGUAGAUGGCUUAUCAUAUGAUGGAUGUGUUGUGCUAUCUUGUAUGCCCUUUUCCAUUGAUUCUCCAUUUGAUGUGAGUGUGUUUGCGCGCCCAUGUGCAUCUCUUUCUGUGCAGGCUGCAGAGCUUCAUUGGCAGGUCCCAAUGAAAAACCCACAUUGCCCGUUCAUGUGUGUGAUAACCCUGGCGUCUUUAAAUGUUUUAUAAAAAUUUCCCCUCCCCCCCAACUGGCAGAUUUGUGCCAGAGAAGGGAAGAAAAAAGUUUUUUGCGUAGGGCAAACUGAGAAACUGUUUUCAUACAUGGUUUGUGUAUGUUUUACUUGAAAUUUUAAGAGCCAGAACCACCGCUGUAUUCUGUUGGUUUGGAGCAGACACUGGCACUGAGUGGAAAAUGUGUGUGAGUCUGUGUGUGUUGCUGAAGCUUUGCGUACAGGCUGCGUGCCUGAUUCCCAUGAUGAAUGUUAUGGACGCCAUAGUCUGACACUUCAGAGUGAAGUCUACUCAGUGGACUAAUGAAGGACUAAAGUUAAGCUUGUCCAGACCUUUAGGAUCAGGCGACAUGGCAGUUCUGACAAGAGUAUCUCAUAGAAAUGAAUUAAUGUGAUAAUAUAUUAUUGUGAGCCUUUUGAAAUAGCUCUCACAUUGUUUUAAAGCAUGUUGGUUUCGAAGUGUCCCCGACUUCUAACAUGGCGGCUGGAGAGGAAGAUUUUUCUCGCUGACAAGGUGAUCUGUUUCCCCUCCUAAUCAUCGUACGGCUCAGCUGUGAUAAGGCAGGCAUGCAUUUCCAGAUCCAGCUCUCAGUCUCCAGGAGACAGGCCACAUGCUGCAUCUUCUCUAUACUGAAGCUGGAUGCAGUUGCUUGUUGAAAUGCUGUUAGUUGGUAAUUGGGGAGGGAAAUCUGUUGUUCGGCCUGUGUCUGGACCAUCCGGACAUGAGGAGAUGAACGGUGCAAUACCCAUUCAGGAGAUGCGACUGAAGCUCAGUGUGGGGUUUUUGGCGUCUGUGAAUGUUUAUUCACAUGAAGGGCAGGUAUUCCCCCUCCCCGGCAUGAAACGGAAAACAGACUCCGAGGUUGUUUUCUAAUCUGUUUUGUUCUGUCUGUACUGUGCUGUGCUUUAAAUGAGCCUCUGAAAAUGCUGCCAGAAGGAUAAAUUGUUGAUGGUUUUGAAAAACUUAUAGUUAAAAACAAAUUCAGCCUGAGAUAAAGAAAAGAGAAAGAUGAAAGCAAAUCAGGACAUGUAUCAUCUUGUAUCACAGAUUCCCUGAAGCGCGGACAAAGUGGCCUUUGGAUUGAUGUUAUUUCCUGUGUGCAGUUCUCUGAACUAGACUACUUCACAAACAUGUUCUCACAGUUUGCCAUGCUCUCAGAACCUUACUGUAUACUAUGAAUGAAUGUACAACGGGCCAAUGUAUUAUUUGUCGCAGCUUACCUGCAUGAGAUUGCAUAUUCCUUUUGCUACAUUUGUUAUUUUUCUUAUUUUUAUGCAGCCAUACAAAUGUUUCUAAAAUAAUGCCUUAAGUUUGCUCCCUGUAGUUUGUAGGAAAAGUUUACUCUGACUUGCAGUAACCUGUAUUUUUAUUUAUGAAUGUAUUUUGUUUUGGCUCACUGGUCACAGAGUUGAGGUUUGUACCCUGACUGACUGGUAAUUUGAGUGUUCCAUGAAAAUGUACAAAUAAACUUGUUAAACAUUGACUUUUCCCGUGUCUCCACUUGCAUUAUACCCCUCAAGCCUCGUUACAAAAUCUUUAUUAAUGACUGUGGAGUGGAUGAAAGAGCCUUCUUCUCCAAAUGUAUUACCAGCAGUUGGUGAUUUUGUCGUAUUUAGCCAUUUUUCAUAUUCUGCAGAGUAUAUAACUUUUUAAAUGCCAAUACCUUAAUAAAUAGAUGCUGGGAAUGUAAUUUCCUGUAGAGGAAUGUUUAACUUUCAAGUCACAAGAUUAGUGCUGUGAUUUUGUGCUAAGAGAUUGUGAACACUAUUGGAUAAAAAUGGUGUGAACUCUGAAUCUUAGUUUUGUUUUUUCUCAGUUGAAAUGGGUGAAUAUCAAAAAUCCAAAAUUAAAAGUAAAGCACACGUUAUUUCCAACAUGAGAUUACGUUCAGUUACAGUGCUUAAACUCCUUACUC